GAACAGCGCGCACCAUGGAUGUGUGUAAAGGCCGCCUGCUGGGGAUUUCCGUGGCCGUUGCGCACGGCGUUUUCUCCGGUUCCCUGAACAUCCUGCUGAAGUUCCUCAUCAGCACCUACGACUUCAGCUUCCUCACCCUCAUCCAGUUCCUGACCAGCAGCACUGCGGCGCUCAGCCUGGAGACGCUCCGGCGGCUGGGCAAGGUGGAGAUCCCCCCCUUCAGCCUGCAGCUCUCCAAGGAGUUUGCCAGUGUGUGUAUCCUGUCCACGCUGCAGUCCACGCUCACCCUGUGGUCUCUGCGCGGCCUCAGCCUGCCCAUGUACGUGGUGUUCAAGCGCUGCCUGCCGCUCUUCACGCUCAGCAUCGGCGUGUGCGUGCUGAGGAACGGCGUGCCGUCCGUCGGCGUGGUAACCGCUGUCCUCAUCACAACCGGUGGAGCCGCGCUGGCUGGUGCUGGGGAUCUGACCGGUGAUCCGUUCGGUUACGUCACCGGCGUCCUGGCGGUGGUCAUCCACGCCUCGUACCUGGUCCUGAUCCAGAAGACGAGUCUGGACAGCGACUACGGGCCGCUCACCGCGCAGUACGCCAUCGCCAUCAUGGCCUCACCGGUGCUGCUGGUGUGCGCCGUCAUCUCCAUGGACGCCGUCAACAUGUGGUCGUACGAGGGCUGGCAGAACCCGCAGAUCACCGGCAUCUUCGUCCUCUGCGUCUUCAUCGGCUGCGCCAUGAACUUCACCACGCUGCACUGCACCUACAUCAACUCGGCCGUCACCACCAGCUUCGUGGGCGUGGUCAAGAGCAUCGCCACCAUCACCGUCGGCAUGGUGGCGUUCAACGACGUGCAGCCGACCAACCUGUUCAUCGCCGGCGUGGUGGUCAACACGGUGGGCUCCAUCACCUACUGCACCGUGAAGUACUUCGAGACCCGGAAGAAGAGCCUCUACCAGGACCUGGAGGAAGCCGGGAAGGACGAGUCGCAGCCCGGAGAGGCUUACCAAGAAAAGCCGCCCCUGAACGGCGUCGGGCCCGGCUCCGGCACCGCCGUCGCGUCUGAAUCCGGACAGCCGGAGGUAGAAGGCGAGUCCGGAGGCGACGGGGAGGAGGCGCACGCCGGAUUAGCUAACGGAAAGUUGCGGACCGGUGUUGAAGAGCAAGGCGUGGACUCCAAGUUCAUGACGGAGACGGAGGUGCUGGAGAUGCAGAGGGAGCACCUCAACAAGGGGAGCUCGGCCCCCGGCCAGUCGCUCAGUGACAGCUACGUCGGGGUGUGGAGGUCCGUCCGAAACCUGCAGUUCAUGAAGAAGGACACGCUGAUCGAUAACAUGGAGCAGCAGAGUCCGUGAGGGCAGGA